UAGACGGUGUUGGACGCGCUGUGAACAGUGGGUCUUGGGGUUCCGACCUGAAAUUUCCAAAUAUAUAACAAUGAAUAAGACACUCCUGGGCUCUGCGGUCCUGGUGACCUUUCUGGGUCUUUUCAUCCGACAAGGUUUGGGGAUCCGGUGCUGGGAGUGUAAUAGUUCCUUCGACCCCCGCUGUGGUGAGACCCACUUCGACCCCAGCACCCUCGACACGGUCGACUGUAACCAGCUAAAACAGAACCAUCUAAUAGGUGCCGAAGCCAUCUACUGCAGGAAGAUCGUUCAGAGAAUUGAAACUGAAGUUCGGACUGUACGAGGCUGCGGGUGGGUCGAGGAGAAGAAGGCACCAGUUGGCAGCUGUUACACAAGGACUGGCACCAAGGACGUCAUGGUAACCUACUGUCACUGUAACGAGGACAAUUGCAAUUCUGGUAACUCUGUGAUGUCUUGCUUGGGGUUAGCAACAGCACUCUUGAUCCUGAUCAAACUCUUCUAAACAAACUUCAGAAUGGCGAGUAUCCUGCGGACUAAACUACGUUUCAAAAUUUAUUCUCCAUGAACCAAUUAUUAUUGAUAUCAUUACUUUAAGUGAACUAAAAAUAAAUUUAUCAGUAUUGUGAAACAAUGAUCUAAUUCAGUAUUAUUCAUGAAAGUUAGUGCACCGAAAUUUGUUACGAUUUUGUACGUGUAAUUAUAUAUGAUCAAACCAUGAGAAUCAAUGAGGCUCUUGGUGAGGACACAUAAGGUUCAACAGCUACUCUUCCAGUUGAACAAUUGUUUAAGUGCACUAUUUGUUACAACAUUUAUGAUGCAUUGUAGUUAUGUGUAUUAUUAUUAUUAUUAUUAUUAUUAUUAUUAUUAUUAUUAUUAUUAUUAUUAUUAUGCAAAUGAGAUCAAAAUAAAUGCUGCACGUUAGAAAAACUAACAAAAAUGUGAAUUUGUAUUAUUAAAAGUGAUUUUGGUUAAGCCUCUGCCUUAUACAGUCAGUGGAUGAAGCAAGUUUGCUGUAAAGUUCCACACUGCCUUUUGCACCUGUUAAACAGAUUCUAAGCCCUUGGUGUCUUUAUUGUUUGUCCUUGAACACCACUUGAGAUAUAGGUCUGAACUGCAAAACCUAACACAAGCUAAACAUUACUAUCUGGAAAAUUUAAUAUAUCACAAUAAAUAUCAGCCUUCAUAGUACAUAUUUGUAAGCACAGUAUUUUACACAUUUUAGGCCUGUAUUUCUUGAGUGUUGUUUCUUUAUAAAAUGCGAAUCACUGGAAAGUAACUAUAACUUGGAACUAGUUUUCAUUUUGUUUACUUUAUAAAUAUAAAAAUAUAUUAUUAAAGUUUUAGUUACUUUCCCCUGAUUCAACUAAAUAUAUAUUUGCUUGGGUUCUGAGCUAGCACUCAGAAUGUUGCAUACUCACAGACGUUUUUAGUGCAAAUGGUGGUAAUAUUCACAACUGUAGCAUAAUAUGUACAUAGAUAAGCAGUGUUGAUGCUCUCACUUCUGCUUUUAAGUGAACAAAAAUCUGCCUUGUAAAAAAGCAAGUUCAAAUUGUGCUUAGUAAUGUAGACUGUGAGUCUGUAUAGUGAAAGUGCCAUUUGCAGAAAAAGCUGGAUAUAAGAGUAUACUGUAUUGUACUUCUCUUAAUAUCGAGGAUCUUAGUGUAGAGCUAAAGUUAGGUCCUCUGUAAAUGGCAUCACAGAUUUUGUCCAAUGAACAAAUAUUUGAAGAAAUAAUGGUAUGAAUUCUUUGUUACUCUCCUUGAUGCUCUAUGUUGAGUUAGGACCAUAUGGAGACAUCCAUUUUGGCAACAAGUUUUGGUGUGAUCAGACAGGUAUUUCUUGCUCCACUCUUCAUUUUAGUAAAACAUAGACAGUUACGGUUGCACACACUUAUAGGUACUUCCCACAGCACAUACCAACGGGAGAUAGAUGUCACAACUCGCAAAGAUCAUUCACAAUUAAGUAGAUGAUGAAUUUGUGAACUGCCAUUUCACAGCUUAAAAGCACCAAGUAAACCCUAUAGUUAAGCUGUAAGAAGCCUAACUAUAGGGUUUACUUAGGGUUAAUGCUUAGCAAACGUUGUUUGUAUAAAGAUUUUUGUAUCACCUUCAUUUUCAGUACUCUAAAUAAUUUAUUGAUUUUUAUGUUCACUACUAUUUUAUAAGUGUCUGGCAGUUUAAAUUACUAUAUAAUUAAAGCAUUUUCAUAAAAUAAUUUAUGUUAAUUUGAAUUUAAGUUUAAUUACCUAAUUCCACCUUAUAUGCAACUUCAAAUCUGGGAGCCAUUUAUGUUCAUCAAAGUUAUCUGUAAUGAUCGUUUCAGAGGAGGCAUAAAGCAGUGUAUAUAUUGUUUUUUUAAUCAUAUGCAGUAUAAUUGAUCCAUGAGUGUUUAUAGAUGAAAUAUGUGGGGUCCCGGUAGUACAGUCUGGUUCGUUCUUUACUCACAAUCGAGAAUUCCGGGUUCAAAUCCCUGGCGGGACAGAAAUGGUUGGCCGCAUUUCCAAUCAUCUAAUGCCCUUGUUCACCUAGCAGUAAGUAGGUACUCAGGAGUUAGCCAGCUUGUUGUGGGGUUGCACCCUGGGCAGGGUUAGUAAUUCGACCUUGAGGGGGGAAGGGCCUCUAUAUAAUCCUAACGUGUAUGAAUACACUCUGGCUGCCUGUCCCCCAACACAAUAAAUUAUUAUUAGUAUAUGUUAUCCUGAACAGAUAGAGACCAGUGGAAUAAUCAGCAUUUCUGAUUUCGUAAAUUUUAUCCAAUAAUUAUUUAAUAAGUAAAUUUUGUCAAUCUUUCUUGUAAAAAAUAAAACUAUUAAAAACAUAUAAAAUGUAAAUUCAGCCACAAAAACAGAGCUGGUAGAGCUGUAUUUUCUAAGCUGAAAAAUGGAACUUGGAUUAAAAUAGUAGUGAUAAACAUAAAAAAUAAACUUAAAAAAUGUACAUAAUACUAUAAUAUACUGUAUAUCUAAAACAUAAACCAUUUAAAGUGACAUGAAUAAGGCAGAAAUUUUCGCUACAAAUGAAUACAUAAUAAGCAGCUAACACAAUAAUAAUAAUAAUAUUUUUGCAGAUUUUUCAUUAAUGCAAUAUUUGUUAAAAUUGACUGCAAUAGAACUUGGGUAUUGUUUAUAAUUCCUUAGGAUUAGAGCAGUCUUGUUCAAACAUUUACGAGCAUGAACUUAAGAAGGACACAAAAUUAAAACACUAAAUUCAUUAAAUGCAUUGUAUUGGAAAUAUCUUUAGUAAACCAAAGAUUGUUUUGUUUUGUAAACUCAUUGUCUUGUAAAUUCUAAGCAGUGCGACCUGUGUUCUUUUUAAAGAGUUUUUGUUCAAAUACUUGCCAUACACUAGAUGGGACACUCACUGUUU